UCACUCCUUUGGCCAGAUUUUCUUAUGGGCUCUUCUCUCUGGGGCUCCGAGUAGGGGCAGGAAUGAGGGAGAAAGGAGUCCAGCCGUUUUGACGACUUUCAAAGAUGCUUUUUUGACCUUGGAACUGCGAAACAGUGUUGCAUCGUCACACCUGUGUUGGAAUAGUCAAUUUUUUGUUGCAUCGACGAUGGGGUUCGGGUUUGAAGGGUUCGUCAGAGUCGGGACGCACAAGGUGCACUUUCGCAUAAGACCUGUGUGCGCGCAUCCUCAAAGGCACGUCCAGUGGAAGCCGAACCCUUGUAGCCCGCGAUUGCUUCCUAAUUCUCAGUGAAUCUCCAAGAAGCCAUCUCUGUUCGCACAUUUUAAACAACGAAAGGAGUAAUUGCUUGAAGAUCAUCCGCACAGUUGUUACCGUAUAAUUGUCAGUGCUGAAAUGGGUCCCCAAGUUGUGAAAGUUGAAGACAUCGACUUUGCCACAAAGUUCACACCACCGACAGGUUCCACCGAGCUUGAUUUGAUUGGUUAUGGCAACACGGGAAUGGAGAUUGAGACCGUAGAAAUCAGGUUCACCGCCAUAGGCUUCUACGCUGAGCCAAGUAUCAGCGAGCAUCUGCAGAAGUGGAAGGGCACGCCAUCCAGCAAUCUUGUCGAGGACGACAGUGGCUUCCACAAAGAACUUAUCCAAGCUCCUGUGGAAAAGGCUGUGCGAAUCUCCAUUAUCAAGGGGAUCAAGGGCCUUCCCUAUGGUAGCGCCCUGCAAUCUUCCUUGAGGGACCGGCUGGUAAACAACGACUUAUUCGAGGAGGAGGAGGAAGAGGCACUGGAGAAGCUUGCUGAAUUCUUCCAGCCCCACAACUUGCCCAAGGGCACCAACAUCAUCUAUCACUGGGCCACCCCCUCCAGUGUCAAGGUUUCCCUAUCUGAGGAAGGUAAAAUGCCUGAAGAUGUGGCAUACACCAUCGACGAUGCGCAUGUAGCGGAAGCAUUGUUGGACCUGUACUUGGGCGAGAACACUAUCACGCCCUCCACUCUUGCCUCGGUAGCUGAAGCCAUUGCUGCCUAGCUUUUUGCAUAAGAAGAUACAACGGCUACCAGACGUAAAGGAAAUGCAACAAGGGAUUAUACUCUCAAGCUCUGGGUUGUACAUGAGAAUGUUCAACGUUAUUGUCUAGUUUACAAAUCCUCGCACUUCCUUUCUUCUGGAAUUCAUGAUGUCUAAUACUACAUUAGACACAGCUAGAAAAAACUCUUCAUUCUGUCAGAGUGUAACCAGAUAAAUUUGGCGUAGCUGCGGUGACUAUUUUAGCCACUGGUUAUAAUGUGAAAUUCAUCACUGUAUAUGUGUCCACCUAUUGCAAACUCCUUAGUCAUAACCACUUUAGCAUGGUUUCAACCAUCGUGAGCUGUUCCUGGUAUUAUGUACAUGUGGGAGAAAUUCUCAACCACACAACACACGAACUCCCGAAGUUACCAUUGAGAAUGUAAUACAAUGCAUUGUGCUA